AUGGAGGAAAAAGGAAGAUACGUUCGAAUCCCAAGUUGUUCAGAUAGUGAACAUCAGGAAUCGGACAUUCCUCAAGACGACGCAUUCCCAGAUGACCGGAGUUAUGAAACCAAGGAAAGCGAACGUGGUAAUGAGAGCAACCAGGAGGAAAGCGAAGACUCUCUGACAUCGGAAGAUUCGGUUUCAUCGACGACUUCGUGCGAAUCUAUCGAAGUGGGUAACACAGGUGACGUGAGUUGCUCACAGGAAAACCGAGAGCUCCCGGAGGAAGCAGGAGAACAACCGCGAAACAUUGCUGAGGAGCUUGACCGUAUGCGGCGAGUCAUAGAGGACUUAUCUCGAAAGCUGAGUGAAUAUGAAAAACCGAGUGUUAGGCGACCUAUUGUUGAAGAUAAUUGGAGUACUUCACAUGACGCAAAUGACCGCACGGAAGGUACUCAGGCUGCCAUCAAAUGGGAUCACAUUAAACCUUUUCCCUCUGGCAUUCCUGCUAAUAAGAUGUGGGAAGAGUGGAAUCGGUUUAUUGAAAAUUUUGACAUUGCUGCUUCCCUAGGAAACGCCGGCAGCUCAGUGCAACGUUCAAAAUUGCUUUUUCUGUGCUUGGGACAAGAACUACAAGGUAUCGUGAGAGCAGCAAAGCUGAAGCCGAGCCUAACUGAACCUGAUUGCUAUUCAACCUUCAAGAACAACAUCCGGAAUUAUCUCCAAUCCAUGACGGACACUGCGGCGGAGCAUGAAGCGUUCGCCGCAAUGAAGCAGGGACCAGGAGAGUCUGCUAUAGCUUACCAUGCCAGACUUCAGGAGAAAGUGAGAUUAUGCGGUUAUAGCCCCUCCGAUCAAGAACGUUUCGUCAGAGCCCAGUUGCUAAAGGGACUUCGAAAUAGAGACUUGUCUAAAUCAGCACGGAUUUAUAACUACGAUAUCAACUUCAUCGUACAAUCAGCGACAAGGGAGGAAGCUUACGAUGCUGAAACGAGCCAACCCAGUGGUUCCGAUAUUGCCAUCGUUCAGCGAAGUAAUUGGAAACGGUCAUCCGAACCUCACCGGAAGCGUGGGUGGGAUGGCACUCGAAAUGAUCAGCAUCAGUCAAAACGAUACCGUGGUCCCGAUAGACGGUUCGAAGAGCGUCGCAGCCGAUGUCACCGAUGUAACCGCCCUUCACAUAAGCCUGGAACAAUCUGCCCGGCUCUGGACAAAACCUGCAAUGGUUGUGGGGAUCGUGGACAUUUUAUUGCGACGUGCCCAAAGCGACGCGUAAACAACCUGCAGAGAGAUUCGGACCGAGUAAACCCGUCUGGUUGGACUGAUGAUGAAGGAGAAGAAAACAAAAAGCAAGUGAAUGCAUUAUCCCUAAACGAUGUUCUGGUUAACUGUAGCGUAGGGUCCUCGAGCUCAAUAACAUUCCUUAUCGACUCGGGGGCCGACGUGAAUGUCAUCGGCGGUGAGGAUUGGAAGCUACUGAAACGAGAAUUUCAUCAGGGACAGGCUAACCUUCAUCCGGUGCAGCCGUCAAACGGCGGGCUGCAUCCCUAUGGUUCCCAAAAUUCAAUAAAAAUCGAUGCAGCGUUUAGGGCAAAAAUCAGCAUGCAAGGAUUACCUCAACAAUCAAUCGAAACUCUGUUUUAUGUUGCAAAAGAAGGACGCCGAUCAAUACUGAGUCGGUCUACGUCGAAUGACAUGGGUUUGCUACACGUAGGCUCAGCUGUCAACAACUGUGAAGUCGCAGAUAGCUUAUCAGUUUUUCCUAAAAUGCCAGGAGUUAAAAUAAAAUUUAGUGUGGAUAGGAGUUUCGCCCCUAUCAAAAAUGCGUAUUACAAUGUCCCCGCUGCAUUUAGAGAGGGAGCGCGGAAAAGGCUACAGGAAAUGGAAACACGUGGCAUUAUCGAGCGAGUCACGAAGGCACCGGACUGGAUCAGCGGUAUGUCGGCUGUUGCCAAGGGCAAGGACGAUUUCCGAUUGGUCGUUAAUAUGCGAGGGCCGAACAAAGCGAUCAAUCGGGAGUACUACCGACUACCGCUGUUAGAGGAAAUGAAAAUCAAGCUCCACGGUUCUUCCUUUUUCUCGAAGCUCGAUUUAAGUAAUGCAUACUAUCACCUAGAGUUAUGCAACGAGUCCCGAGAUCUUACAACCUUUCUAACCGAAACUGGUAUGUACCGUUUCACGAGAUUGAUGUUCGGCGUGAAUUGCGCACCCGAAGUGUUUCAGCGUGAAAUGGUGCGUAUUUUAGGAGGCAUCAGAAACGUGAUAGUAUACAUCGAUGACAUAUUGAUCUACGCUGCAAGCUUAGUAGAUCUUCGCAAGACAGUAGCGGAAGUAUUGCAAGUUUUAAGGGCCAAUAACUUGACCAUCAACACGAAGAAGUGUGAAUUCGACAAAACACGCAUUAGUUUUCUGGGCCCUGAAUUGGAUAGUGAUGGUUUUCAUAUCGAGGAAGCGAAGGUGAAGAGUAUUCGGUGUUUCAGAGAACCAACUACCAUUUCGGAAUUGCGAAGCUUCUUGGGACUUGCUUCCUUUGGAGUGACCUUCAUCUUGAACCGUACACGUGAAGACUCCAAACGAGCGCUGACCCGCGCAGAUGGUUGGACUCUUCGACUCAGUCCUUACGUUUACGAUAUCGAAUACGUUCGUGGCAGGGACAACAUUGCGGACUCAUCGUCAAGACUGUACAACGGCAACGAUCCUCCUUUUGAGGAAGACAACAGCCCCUGGGAGAUUGCUUCACUUGAAGCAAAUGUUGUUGGAUUUCUAACACAUACCGAGAUAGCGGAAGAAACUGCCAAAGACGAGACACUGCAACUCUUAAUACAAGCCCUAAAAUCAGGAAAUUGGCCUUCACAUCUCCGUCAGUUUCAAAAACUUGAAAACGAUCUUAGUAAUCGCGAUGGCGUUGUUGUUAAAACCGGAUGCGUGGUUGUCCCAGAGCACCUUAGAAAGAAAGCUCACAAAGGUCAUCCAUCAGCAGCAAAAAUGAAAUCCAUCUUGCGACAGCGUGUUUGGUGGCCUAAAAUGGCUACAGAAGCUGAAAAAUGGGUAGAAACCUGCGAAACCUGUGCUGUAAAUGGACGUCCUGAGAAACCUACUCCAAUGAGGCGCAUAUUUGCCCCCAAAACUGUUUGGGAAUCCAUCGCGUUAGAUUUUAAUGGGCCAUACAUACAAUUCGGAGGUAUUUCUAUCAUCGUGGUAGUAGACUAUCGAUCGCGAUACUUAAUUGCCAAGCCGGUGAAAUCAACUAGUUUUCAUCACACGAAACCGGUACUAGAAACGAUUUUUGAACGCGAGGGUUUCCCUGUAAAUAUCAGGACUGAUAACGGCCCACCGUUUAACGGUAACGAAUAUAAGAGUUACUGUCUUGAACGAGGCAUUAAAACAAUCUACACGACCCCACUGUUCCCUCAGCAAAACGGCCUUGUGGAAGGUUACAUGAAAGUAAUCAACAAGGCAAUGUCAACGGCUGCAUCAAACAAAACUAACUUUGUUGAGGAGCUUCGUGAAGCUGUUGAUGCUCACAAUUCAGCGAUCCAUCGUGUCACAAAUAUAGCACCUGAGGAAAUCAUGACUGGACGAAAGAUUAAACGGAACCUCCCACUCAUGCAGCACGAAAAUAUCAGCAUCGAUAACGAAUUAUUGGACCAACGAGACCGCGAAGCAAAAUUAGAAGCUAAGGAACGUGAAGAUACGCGACGAAAUGCACGGAAAAGCCGUGUUGGGCCUGGUGAUGUGGUGAUCGUUGAACGGGCAUCUCGAGCAAAAGGAGAAACCCGAUUUUCCCCAACACGUUAUACGGUAGUCGAAGAACAUAACGGUAACUUGACAAUAUCCAAUGAUACAGGCAUAAUCCGAAAACGACACAUUUCGCAAACGAAAAAAGUCCAUCCGUGGCGCAAAGCAGACGAUGAGCAAAACUCAGAACAUCAGCACUGUCAUCAGCAAAACCAAAACGUACAACAGCAGCUGCGACCAAUGAGAGAACGGAACAAGCCGGGAUACCUAAAAGAUUACGUAGAAGUAGUUGAAAUCGAAAAUUCCAAAUAA